CGGAUUUUAUAGCAACUUUAGUUCACCUGAGGUUAGCAAACAUGGCAAUUUUCUGACAAAAAACGUACUGAGGAAAAAAUUGCCAUGUUUAAAUAACUAACUAAAGUUGCCACCUCGUGUCAACUAAAGUUGUCAUAAAAAACGUUCGCGGUGACAUGCUUAAAAUCCAAACAUUCCGGAUUUAUCAGGGCCAAAAAAACAAAAAACAAAGGCAGACACUUGGUCUUCGGCAAGCAAGAGGCUUCCCAGUGUGGGGCUUGUACUGAACAUCAGUGCAAAAAGAAGAUCUAACACACAUCAACACAUGCAUUAAGAAAUAAGAAGAAAGAGGUACAUCUUUGCUCAAAAAAGGAUACAAAUAGCGAGGGCUUUUUCGCACAAAAUUGCCUAGGGGAUGUUAGGCCAGAUUAAUACCAGGAGACGAGAAGAAAAGUCGACAUUUGAACAAAGCAUAGCAUCCACGCCGUGCAUGCACUCCCCUUGCACAACCGAGAGGAAGAGAGGCGACGUGCCGUGCGGGAGAGAGAGCCGGUCAGCCGCGGCAGCGGAGGCUGCCAUGUCCCCACGGCGGCUCCGCCCGUUCGUGCUCUUGCUCGCCCUCUUCUCGGCGAUGCCCCGCGGCGCACUCUCCCGGGGCCUGGCGCUGCCACCACUGCCGACGCCGGUGGUGCGGAACAUAACAUGCAACAGCAUCCCGUAUCCAUUUGGCGUCCGAGGCAGAUCCAUCCACGGCUUCGAGGUGGCGUGCGGGGAGAACAAGGAAGCCAUGCUGAAGAUCGACGGGCAUAGCUAUAAGAUCGUCGACCUGUCGGUGGAAGGAGCCUUCGUCGUCGUCUUAGCCGGUCCCGUCAGCCAAGUCUGCUACAACCGGAACGGUAAGCAGACGCAGACCACUGAUAUCUUUGGUAUCAGCUUGGAGCGGACGCCCUUCUCCUUCUCCAGGCGCAAUAAGCUGGUGGUCACUGGAUGCAACUACAGGCUGGUUGCUAGCUUCGGCAACUCGGUGCCUGUUGACAGCCCUUGGCUAACCACCACCUGCACCUCCUAUUGCAACGGAAGCUCCAGCGCAGUCGAUUGCCUUCACGGGGUGGCCUGCUGCGAGGCCUCCGUGCCGAUGGAUGCCGCUCGAGAGUUCGGCUAUGAGUUUGACAAGAUAUCAGGGAAUGUCACCGGCGACGAGGGCGGCACCUGCAGCGCUGCCUUCUUCCUCGAUCAGGAUGACCAAGUCUUCAUGGGUGGCAGGGGCAAUGGGCAGAAGCCGCUGAAAGACGUGCUGUUGCCGGCGGGCGACCGAAGAAUGAUCUUGGAUUGGGCAGUUGGGCGCGGCACAUGUGACCAGGCCUCGAACUACAACUUGGCGCCGAUGUACUGCAACAGUAUGAGUGGAUGCAUCGAUGCGUCCAGUGGAGCGGGUUAUCUCUGCAAGUGCAACGAAGGGUAUGAGGGAAAUCCGUACAUCGCAGAUGGAUGCCUAGAUAUAAACGAAUGCCGGAAUUUCGACAGCAACCCUUGCUACUUUACGGAAUCCUGCAACAACACCAAAGGAGGUUUUACUUGCUCAUGUCCCCGUAAAAUGACCGGUGACGGUUACAAGAAAGGGACAGGCUGCAAUGAGGUGCUCAUUCCAUCUGGUUCCCCUAUGCAACAACCGCAAGGUAAAAUAGAACUAGUAUUUGCCGCCCACUCACACAAGAGGAUUAAUUUAGUAAUGCUACUGACGAUCUAUGGCUAUCUGUUAGGUUUGAAUGUGUGCACUCAACCUGAAAAGAACCCAUGCGUGUACUUGGAGACCUGCAGCAGCGAUGGGGAAGGGGCUGCGUGUGAUUGUCCUCAAGGCAUGCGUGGUGAUGGCCGGAAAAAAGGAAAAGGCUGUCAAAAGCACUUUCCUCUAGAUACUGCUUUGGGUGUUGGUCUUGCACUUGUGGUUACAAUAUCUAGCGCAGCUCUGUGCUACUACUGGGGCAUGAAAAGAAGAAAGGCAAGAAGAAAGAGAUCUGAGUUAUUCCGUAAGAAUGGAGGCUUGCUGUUGCAGCAGAGAUUUUCAGCAAUCACAUCUCAGAGUAAGGAGUCGUCAGCAAAGAUAUUCAGUGCAGAAGAGCUCAAGACGGCGGCUAACAACUACAGUGAGACUCGAAUCCUUGGCCGAGGUGCAUACGGCACAGUGUAUAAGGGUGUUCUUCCAGAUGAGACUGUAGUUGCUGUAAAGAAGUCUAGGGUGUUUGAUGAGAGCCAGGUGGAGCAAUUCGUCAAUGAGAUUACGAUCUUAUCACAGACCGAUCACCCGAAUGUCGUCAAGCUUUUGGGAUGUUGUCUAGAGACAGAAGUGCCUUUGUUGGUGUAUGAGUUCAUACCCAAUGGAACACUGUUCCAGCAUAUCCAAAACAGAAGUGCACCUCGCUCCUUAACAUGGGAGGAUACCUUAAGGAUAGCUGCACAAAUAGCAGAAGCACUUGCCUAUCUGCAUUCCACGUCUUCUAUACCAAUUAUUCACAGGGAUAUCAAAUCAAGCAACAUACUGUUGGAUGAGAACUUUGUGGCUAAAAUAUCAGACUUCGGUGCAUCAAGAUCAGUUCCAUUUGAUCAGACUCAUGUAACCACCCUUAUUCAAGGUACUAUAGGGUACCUCGAUCCUGAAUAUUUCCAAAGCGGCCAGCUCACAGAGAAGAGUGAUGUCUACAGUUUUGGAGUAGUUCUUGCAGAACUAUUGACAAGGCAGAAGCCUAUUUCUGUAGGCAGGCCAGAAGAAUCAUGCAACUUAGCCAUGCAUAUGGUGAUUCUAGUCAAUGAAGGGCGCCUACUUAAGGAGAUAGAGCUACACAUUCUGGAAGAAGCGGGUGAAGAGCAACUCUAUGCAGUUGCGCAGCUCUCUGUGAGAUGCUUAAAUAUGAAUGGACAAGAACGACCCCUUAUGAAGGAGGUUGCAUCAGAUUUAGAGGAGCUAAGAAGGUCAUUCAUCAAGGAGCAAACUCUGAGAAGAAAAGAUGAAUCAUGUACUGAACAAGGCAAUCUUGUGCGUGAGGCAAGCUCGACUUCCAGCCUGCACCGUUCAGAAGGAAGUACACAGUUGAGCAUGGAGGCCGAAAUGAAAGCUUCUUGUCACACUCCAAGAUGACCCUUCUCGUAGUAUUUUAAUGUCAGAUGACAUCUCAAGACAAUUUGUGAUAUAGUUAUGGAGAAUUAUGUAAAAUAGCUCAGAGUAAACACUAUUCAGUUAUUCUUGA